AUGAAUCCAAAACAAGAUUUUAGCUACUGCACCGUGUGUGCUUCAAAUAACAAUAGAUCAAUGGAAGCACAUAAAGUCUUAAAAGAAGCAGGUUAUAAUGUGAGCUCCUUUGGUACCGGUAGUGCAGUUAGACUACCGGGUUUAUCUAUUGAUAAACCAAACGUGUAUCAAUUUGGAACCCCAUAUGAUAAUAUAUAUAAUGAUUUACUAAAACAGUCCCCAGAAAGAUAUAAGAGGAACGGCUUAUUAGAAAUGUUGGAUAGGAAUCGUCACUUAAAAAAGGCACCAGAAAAAUGGCAAUUAGAGCAUAACAGACAAUUUGAUUUUGUUUUCACCUGUGAAGAAAGGUGCUUUGAUGCGGUUAUUGAAGAUUUAAUGAACAGAGGUGGGAAGAUGGAUAAAGUCGUGCACAUUAUUAAUGUGGAUAUAAAGGAUGACCACGAAAAUGCACAAAUAGGUGCAAAAAGCAUACUUGCAUUAGCAGAUAAAAUAACAAAACUUAUUGAAAAACACCCUUACAACUAUGAAGAUAAUCUAAUUGCUGUUUUAGCCAAAUGGCAGGAAAGUUACCCAACUUUGCCUAUAUCAUAUUCUACUGCAUAUUAUUAA